AGGUCUGUUAAACAAUCCAUGCUGGGACAAACCCUGUCAUUCCUUUGCGUCGUGUAAACUCAUAAAUGGUACUCAAGCAGUCUGCGUAUGUCCACAAAACUGCACGAGCAGCAGAAGACCCGUGUGUGGUACAAACUGGAAAACGUAUGAUAACUUGUGUUCCUUGAUGGCGGACUCCUGCGCAAUGAAUGAUUGGAAUAGUUUAAGAUACAAUGGCGAAUGUAAGUUGAUGUCUUUUUGGCCUUUUUACGUAUGGUAACUCUAGGGCUAAGAAUAGACACUUGAUGGGUUUUUGUAGGUGGAGAUUUACAGUGGAAUUUAUAUGCAGUUUUGAGUUUUAGACCUGACCGGGAGAAGAAAAAUGCUAUCUUAGACCCUUCAAAGACUGGUUGACACUAUCCAAGUUUAUGUGAUCACAAUAGGAAUUUUGCAUCUAAAUUCUACGUUUUUGAAGGAUUUGUAAGAAAUGUUUCAGGGAACUGACUCCGUGUUAAACACUAUGUCCGUUCCCUCAAACAUUUCUUACAAAUUAGCCAUUCCGAAGUUGACGAGAGGACUGGGGACGAGUGUUAAAAAGUGCCCAAAUUAAGAAAUGAACCAAAUCACUAAAAAGACCACCUCAAAAUUAGUAAGUAUACAAAGUUUGAAGACGUUUACAUGAAUAUCCUUCGAAUAAUAAGCCUUCGAAUAAUAAGCCUUCGAAUAAUAAGCUUUCGAAAAUCGCGAUAUUUACUAUGAAAUGUAUUGUAAUUUUUGUUUUUGGGACGCGCGUCCCAAAAACAAUCUUUUAAUCAGUAAUUUCACAACUUGGAAAGCUUAUUAUUCGAAGGGUAUUCAUGUAAACGUCGUCAAACUUUGUAUACUUACUAAUUUUGAGGUGGUCUUUUUAAUUUCUUAAUUUGGGCACUUUUUAACAUUCGUCCCCAGUCCUCUCAUCAACUUCGGAAUGGCUAAUUCUUCGGAACUUAGAGUUUACCUAUGCAAAAUUCCUACUGUGAUCACAGAAACUUUGAUGGUGUCAACCAACGUUAACUACUGUGCUGUUCAUUUUUCGUUCAGGUAAAGCUGGUGAUUGUCGCAACUCGAUCUGGCAAAUUAUGAAUUGUCCGUGGUACAGUAGAUGUCAGUUAUUCAAUGGCUUUCCACGUUGUGCGUGUCCCCAGGAGGAAUGUCCCAUGAAUUACGAACCACUGUGCGCCACCGACGGCAGGACAUACCGUAAUAUGUGUCACAUGAGACAUGCCGCCUGUAGAAAAAGAAAGUUACUGCGAGUACGAAACCUUGGCCAUUGUAGUGAGUAUAUAUCAUCGAUUCAUUGACUGAUUUAUCGAUCGAUUGACUGAUUUAUCGAUUAAAUUAGUGAUUGCUUGAGUCAUUCACUCACUGAUUUGUCGUAUGAUUGAUUAAUUUAUCGAUCGAUGGAUUUAUCGACUGAUUGAUUGAUUUAUCGAAUGAUUGACUAACUAAUCCAUCGAUUGAUUGCCUAAUCUAUCGAUUGUUUAAUUUAUCGAUCAAUUGAUGGGUUGAUUUAUCGAGUGAUUGAUUGAUUUAUCGAAUGAUUGACUAAUUAAACUAUCGAUUGAUUGGUUGACUAAUCUAUCGAUUGAUUAAUUUAUUGAUCGAUUGACUGAUUUAUCGAAUCAUAACUAGCUAAUUGAUUGAUUGAUUGACUAAUCUAUUGAUUGAUUAACUUAUCGAUCGGUUAAUGAGUUGGUUUAUCAACUGAUUGAUUGAUUUAUCGAAUGAUCGACUGACCAAUCGAUUGAUUGACUAAUCUAUCGAUUGAUAGAUUUAUCGAUUAAUUAAUUGAUUUAUCGAUUGAAUGUCUGAUUAAUAUUUCCUCUUUUAGAACCAGAUCCGUGCGAGUUUCAUGAAUGUUGUUGUGGUGCGAUGUGUCGUGUGAAUGAGACGAACUAUGCGUCUUGCUCGUGUGACUUCACCUGCAGUCAACAAUCCAAUCCAGUGUGCGGGAGUGAUGCUAGAACAUACGACAGUCCUUGUGAUCUAAGAUUGGCCGCUUGUAAAGAUCAGAACAUGAAACUGACACAAAUUAACAAUGGAGCGUGUUUUGGUACAGGUAGGUCUUAGAGUUACUGCAAGUACGAAACCUACUCUAAGACCUACCAAACUAUCAAUAUUUUUAAGAGACUGAGGCAGAGAAUUCCACAAGAACACGGCCCUAUAAUGAAAUGUUCGUUUACCCGCAGCUGAUCUGUACAUUGGAAUAUCCAAAAUGUUCUUUUUCCUUGUAUUAAUGUCAUGGACAUCUGACCUGACAUGAAACUUCUCACACAAAUACGAUGGUGCCAACCCCUUCAAGCAUUUGAAAGCAAAAAUGGCUUUUCUUAAUUUUAAUAUGUAUUUGACUGUAGGGUAGGUAGAGUAGGUCUUGGUAGGUCUUAGAGUACUUCUUAGAGUAGGUCUUGGUAGGUCUUAGGAGUAGGUCUUAGAGUAGGUGUUGGAACAUAGGUCUUACAGUAGAUCUUGGUAGGUCUUAGAGUACGUCUUGGUAGGUCUUAGAGUAGGUGUUGGAACAUAGGUCUUAGAGUAGGUCUUGGUAUGUCUGAGAGUACGUCUUGGUAGGUCUUAGGAGUACGUCUUGGUAGGUCUUAGAGUAGGUGUUGGAACAUAGGUCUUAGAGUAGGUCUUGGUAUGUCUGAGAGUACGUAUUGGUAGGUCUUAGAGUACGUCUUAGUAGGUCUUAGAGUAGGUCUUGGUAGGUCUUGGAGUACGUCUUGGUAGGUCAAAACUUGGUUAUAUUGAAUGAGAUGACGAAAGUCGUUAUGAAAAAUACAAUUUUUUCCCACUGUAGGUCAGGAGACAACAGUCUCGCCUGUAACACAGACAAUUAAUCCCUGUCACCAUCAGAUCUGUUCCUUCCAUGCUACGUGUAUUGUUGAACAAGGCUUCGCCAGGUGUAUCUGCCCAGUUUGCUCUUUGACGCCCGCCCCAGUCUGCGGCUCGGACGGUGUGACGUAUAAUAACGAAUGUCUGUUGAAGAGAGCAGGUUGUGUUUCAAUGACAACCAUCACGGUGGCGCGUAAUGGAUCAUGUGGUAGGUUUAGUCUUUAGACGUAAUGGUUAGAGCUAUCCAGUUCAUAACAAAGUUCAGUGCCCUUAGCUUUCACACGAUAGUUCGGUUCCUGCUUCACCUUAUCUGCACCUUCAGUUCGACUUUAGCGAAUAUCCCAGACCCUUACUCGACCUCUAGGAAGAGAAUAGUUUAGAACUGAUAUAGUUAUCCAGUACAAAUAUAGUUAAUUUAGUUUAGGUUUCCUCCUGUGGUAACACUGGAUCAAUAAGAUAUGAUCCUUACUGGACCUCUAGGAAGAACAGGUUUACGAACUGAUAGAACCAUCCAGUAUAAAUGAAGUUAGUUUAGUUUAGGUUUCCUCCUGUAGUAACACUGGAUCAAUAAGAGAUGAUCCUUACUGGACCUCUAGGGAGAACAGUUUAGAACUGAUAGAACUACCCAGUGUAAAUAAAGUUACUGUAGUUUAGUUUAGGUUUCCUCCUGUAGUAACACUGGAUCAAUAAGUAUCUAGACAAAUCAAUUCAGAGCUGGUAAAUAAAGUUAGUUAAAUAUAAUUUCGAGAAUGUUUAAACAUUCCAAGACAUUUUCUCCAGGCGCAACUGUACAACCAACCAGAUCGACAAAUGAUCCAUGUAAAAUGGGCCAAUGUGCACACUAUGCGACAUGUAUGGUGUUCCGAGGCGUACCAAAAUGUGUGUGCCCUGACCUCUGUCCUCAAUUGAUGGCUCCCAUCUGUGGCUCGGACGGCAUAACGUAUGAAAAUGAUUGCGCAAUGAGAAGAGCCAGCUGUAAAUCCGAGAAGACGAUCACUAUGUACACCAGAGGACCUUGUGAAGGUAGACAACUUUGAACUGUACAAGGGGGGGGACCUUGUGAAUGUAGACAACUUUGAACUGUACGAGGGGGGGGCUUGUGAAUGUAGACAACUUUGAACUGUAUGAGGGGGCAAGUGAAGUGAACAAUUUUGAACUGUACGAGGGGACCUUGUGAAGUUAGACAACUUUGAACUGAACAGAUGGGGACUUGUAGUAGACAACUUGAACUGGGUGGGGGACCUUGUGAAGGUAAACAACUUUGAACUGUACAAAAUAACGGGUGUCCCAAAAAAAAGUACUCCGGUUUGAUUUAUAAUAACUUCUAAACAAGUAAAGCUAUCAAACAGAAAUAACUUGCAUUAAAUAGAGGAAGGACUAACUUAGAUUUUGAUAUAUUACAGUUGUAUUUUACUUAAACAUUCACGGAGAAAUUAAUGUUCAAAAUCGGGAGCAUAUUUUGGGAUGUGUCUAAAAUCAGCGAAAAUCGGCAUAUCAAAUAUUAACUCCAGCGUUUGUUUGCGUAAUGACAUAUCAGGCUAACUUGUAUUUCAGUGAAUUGUCGUUAGGGUUUGUAAGGGAUAUGGCGCAGAUUUAGACAUUUUAACAUGCAUGUAAGUCUUAGCUGAUUGUUUCCUGAAAUAUUGAACGUUCGAAAUUUAAUAUGUCUUUACAAACUAAAAGGUACAUGAAAAACCAUAUAUGCAAGGCAGGCGCUUAAAUUUUUGUUAAAUAGCCUAAUUUUUUUAUGUUUUUCAUGGGUUCAAAACAGAGUUGAUUAUUUCUCGGUUAGAGCAGGAUGAUUUCUUUAAUGAAGGAAAUAAUAUUGCUUUUUGCAAAUACACAUCACAGUAUCAACGCUACUAUUUUGUUACGUUUUGUUCCAAAAAUGUUGGAUGUCUCUGGGGAGUUGCUUGUUAUGUCAUAUGAAGUUGUAUGGUUAGAUUGUGUUUUAUUCUCAGUUUAUUCUGAACUUAACAAGAUUAAGAAAAAGCAAAAGAGUUUGAGUGUUCUUAACAAGAUUUCAGAACUUUGCAGAAGUUAGAAGAGCUUCACAAUUCCAUUGUGACAGCAUGCCCUAAUUCAGAACUACGAACGAUAUCCAUGACGAUCCUUAAUUCGCGAUGCAGUGGUCUCGUGAAAUAAGGAAACGUAUUCGUCUAAGGAACACACGCGGAUUUCGGACGAAUAAAUCUUGCUUGUAUUUUGUAGAUAAUAAUACUUUGUUUCAUAAUAAACAAUUUGUCAAGUGUCAUUCAUUUAAUGGUAACAGUGCAUGUUUCAAUCGGGCAAAUUUGGAUUAAUAUUUGAUACGCCGUUUUUUUGCAUAUUUCAGACACAUCCAAAAAUAUGCUCCCGAUUUUAAACAUUAAUAUCUCCGUGAAUUUUUAAGUGAAAUACAACUGUAAUAUACCAAAAUCUAAGUUAGACCUUCCUCUAUUUGAUGCAAGUUCUUUCUCUUUAAAAGCUUUACUUGUUUAGUAGUUAUUACGAAUCAAACCGGAGUACUUUUUUUUGGGACACCCGGUAUUUACACAAAUUUGAAAUUUCACAAAUCAGAGGAGAUGCCCAAAAGAUAUUUACCCAUACACCAUACAUAAUGGCAUCACCUUAGUAUAUAUGCAUGAACUUGCGGUUAGAGCUCGAAAAAUUGUCGAGAGAAGUAAGUCAACUUGUCAAGUAACAUUGUCAAGCAAAACUUGGUCAAUCGUAUGAGUCUUAAAGCUAUUAGGGACCGGUCAUUGUUUAUUGCAGGGGUGGCACCGAAGAGAAAAGGGUUGGGUAAACAAAAUUUUCAGCGAGUAAAAGGUUGAGUAAAUGAAAGGCAAAACUCAAGGGUUGGGUAGUAAAAAAUUAUUGUCAUUUCCAAAGCGUGACGCGUUUAAACCAAUAUUGAAGACUGGGAAGCAAUGUCAACAGCCAUAUGUCAAUACAAUAUGUAAAUCAAUCAGACUCACUAUCUUGAUCAUUUCCUGAUGAGUCAGGGGGUAAAUGCUGUCUCCAAAGAAGGUACAUGUGCAGAAAACAUGAAACUUUAGACUGCACAAGCUGUUAUCAAACUCAUGUCACAGAAGUGGUAUGAACGGUAUCCUUUUGUAACGUUUUUGGCUAUUUUUAAAUUGAUAUUUGAAGUUGGCUAAAAUAUUUCCUGACUUUUUAAUUAGCAAAAUUUUUACCAAGCAAAACAUUUCUCUUCGGUGUCCCCCCCCCUUCCCCAAUAAUGACCAGUCCCUGAUCUUCGCAUUGAUUUCUUCAUUCUUUCUACAUUUCGUAUUUGACGCAGUGAAACCCACAUUUGAACCAGUCAAGCCAACCAUGGAUCCAUGCUUCGACCAGUCUUGUACCUACCAUGCCGAGUGUAUAGUGGAUCACGGGCUGCCCAAGUGUGUAUGUCCUUCGAACUGUAAGAACAUCAGCGCUCCUAUCUGUGGGUCUGAUGGUGUCACUUAUGAAAACGAUUGUGCUAUGAAGAGAACGAUUUGUACUCAACAGUUGACUGUAACUGUCGCUUCAAGAGGACGUUGUGGUGAGCAGAAAUUGCUUUCUAGUUUUGUACCGUAGUAUGCAACACUGGCGAACUUAAGCAAGGCUUAAUCCAGUACGGGGACGUGACAUUAUAAGAAACGGCCUUGAAUUUUACACUUUUAAAAUUAUAGCACCAUAGCGUGCCACAUACCAUACUACACAAUACCAUGCCAUAUCAUACCGUACUAUAUCAUACCAUACCAUGCCUUGCCAUUGCACACCAUUACCAUACCAGAAAACACCACACCAUAACAUAGCAUAACAUAUCAUACCAUACCACACCAUACCAUACCAUACCAUGGCAUGCCAUUACACACCAUACUAUACCAGAAAACAUCAUAACAUACCAUAGCAUACCAUAACAUCUCAUACCUUACCAUACCAUAUCAUACCAUACCAUACCAUACCAUACCAUGGCAUGCCAUUACACACCAUACCAGAAAACACCACAACAUACUACAGCAUACCAUAACAUAUCAUACCAUACCAUACCAGAUCAUACCAGAUCAUACCAGACCAUACCACACCAUACCAUUCAAAACCAUAUAACAUACCGCUCUCUUUUUUCCAGCCUCACCAUGUGACACAGUGAACUGUUGCUGUGGUUCUGUGUGCAAAGUGAAGAACAACACUGGCUCUUGUGAAUGUGAUUUCACGUGUUCCUCUCAUGUUGAUCCAGUCUGCGGCAGUGAUGGCAAAACGUACAGCAACGAAUGUCAACUCAGACUUGCUGCAUGUCAGCAGAGUAACGCCAACUUGAAACAAGCAUCUAAGGGACAAUGUAAGUUGAAACAGCUGUCAGUCUAUUCAAUAUUUUGUUCAUUCAGUGCCGAUUAAAAUACCGAUGCGGUCAUGUUGUUGUCUGGGGGUGUUCCACGCCACCCCUCCCACACUCUCUACUCCUCCCCUUCCCACACACAUGUCACAUGUGUAAUUCAGAUCAUCUUACUCCGGCAUCCCAUUCAGGGUUGGAGUGUUAAAAUGGACAUCUUUCCGUUUUUUUGUUCUGAAGAAUUUUUUUCCUCAGGUCCAGUUGUCGUGCCUACAUCUGACCCAUGUGCUUUGGGUAUGUGCGCCCACUACUCGGCAUGUCAAGUGAUACAAGGCCUGCCAAAGUGUGUGUGUCCAGACCUCUGUCCCAACGUGUUCUCACCACAAUGUGGAUCGGAUGGAAAAACCUACCAGAACGAAUGCUCUUUGAAGAGAGAGAGCUGUGACAAGCAAGUGAUGAUUUUAAUAGCAAAGAACGGCCCUUGUGGUAUGUUUUGACUUGUGUUAUUAAAUUGAUAGAUUUGACCUCCACUACCAUUAAAGGGGAUAUGGCAAUAUAAAUUAAGUUUAUCUUAUUUGAAAGAACAUUGAAAAUGAUAUAUAAACUUCCUUCACAAUUAUUCCGUAUCUUGCUUGGUUUUCGAAAUAAAUCGACUUAUUUUGAUCAAAAGCAGCGUGCAUUCCGCCAUCUUGGAUAUGCAUUCGAUAUGCAUCUGUCACAAGUAGGGUAAAAAGCGAAAUUUUUAUCUUGCAAACCACAUGUCAUUGUCAAUAUGAAACUCGAUUUUCCGAAGUCUUUCGAAGAAAUUUAGUUCCACAUGAAGAAGUUUUAACAGGUUUACCCUGCUUGUGACGUCAUCAAAAACUCAGUUAAUUAGGUCAAUUAUAAUACCAAGACGGCGGACUGCACACUGUUUUUGGUCAAGAUAUUUCGAAAACCAAGUAAGGUACGAAAAAGUUGUAAAGGGUGUUCAUAUAUAACUUUAAAAUUUCUUUCAAUUAAGACAAAAGUUAAUUUUUAUUCCCAUAUCCCUUUGAGGGACCAUUGACCAAUCAGGUGCGUUCCGUAUAUCUGAUUAACCAAUCAGAUACGUUUGAUAUAUCCGAUUAACCAAUCAGAUGCGUUUGAUAUAUCAGAUUAACCAAUCAGAUGCGUUUGAUAUAUCUGAUUAACCAAUCAGAUGCGUCUGAUAUAUCUGAUUAACCAAUCAGAUGCGUCUGAUAUAUCUGAUUAACCAAUCAGAUGCGUCUGAUAUAUCUGAUUAACCAAUCAGAUGCGUCUGAUAUAUCUGAUUAACCAAUCAGGUGCGUUCCGUAUAUCUGAUUAACCAAUCAGACGCGUCUGAUAUAUCUGAUUAACCAAUCAGAUGCGUUUGAUAUAUCUGAUUAACCAAUCAGAUGCGUCUGAUAUAUCUGAUUAACCAAUCAGAUGCAUACUAACCCAGUGAGAGGUUGUGGCAGCGGUAGUCAAAUCCCAACCUUUCUAUUGUCAAAAGCUUUGUGAAAUAAUAAAAAAAACUACACUUCUUUAUCUCUUAUUUUUAUAUAGCUCCAACUCCAACCCAAGCCCCCACCCCUACAAGAGAACCCUGCGCUACCAUCACAUGUCGACAUUUCUCAACCUGCAAAGUCAUUCAAGGCGUUGCCAGAUGUGUGUGUUCAGCAGCUCUGUGUCCAGGAGAAAGGUUUGAAGUGUGUGGCUCGGACGGCAAGACAUACGAAAAUGAAUGUGCUUUGAGACGAACAAGCUGUCUGGCUGGGAGGAUUAUAUCCAUUGUCAGAAUUGGAGUUUGUCGUAAGUUGACUACAUUGCCUGUUUAUUGUCGAUUUCAUAUUACUUUUCAAAGCGCGGUUCCCAAGUUUGUUGUCAAUUUGCCAUUUACGUUUCCAAAUUCGGAAGUUGGGCGGGAACUUCGCAACGAAGUUUGCAAGUUCAUUUCAAAGUUCGAACUUUGAUUGUAAACAAAUGUUCAUAGUUGGAGUUGAAAUUACUCUAUAAAUAUUGGUCCAGUGAUCUCCCAAGACGAAAAAUGCCUUUUUAAAUAAAUUUAUAAAUGAAAUUUUUACAUUUGUUUACAAUCGAAGUUCGAACUUUAAAAUGAACUUGCGAACUUCGUUGCGAAGUUCCCGCCCAACUUCCGAAUUUGGAAACGUAAUUGGCAAGUUGACAACAAACCUGGGAACCGCGCUUUGAAAAGUAAUUUGAAAUCGACAAUAAGUACUGUUUAAUAAACGAGCAGGAGUGUUUUAUUAGGUUUAAAGUCACGAGCGCGCAGCGCAAGUGGCUUUAGACCUAAUAAAACACGUCCCGCUCGUUUAUUAAACGGCUUCAAACACGACUACAAAUUCAACCCCCCCCCCCUAGAAUCUAUCUAACCCCUCUAAUAAAGUGUUCAACCCCACCAAAAUUUCGCUUCACCCCUCCUAUUUUGUGUCAAAGGCUUUAACCCAAACGCCUAACCCCUGCCGAGCUCACGGAGUGGUGUUUUCUACCCCUCCUUUUAAAUAAAUGAAAAUCCGCCCUUGGUAAGAUAUGUGCAAAGCUAGAGUUUUACAAAUCAAGCCUAAAUUCACGAUUUCUUGACCAAAUUUAGCGCUCUUAUAAUUUAGAUACAGGUUUAAGUGUUUGAUUAUUGCGAGGUGCGGUCUGAUCGAUAGAAACAAAAAUAUGAUGUUGUCAAUAUAGAUUGCCCAAAGAUCCUAAUAUGCGUUUAAAAGUAUAUGAAUUUGUACGUUUUAGCAAUUAACUGAUUUAGCAAACUGAUUUCGUAUGUAUCGACUGUAUUGUGUCAACUUGGAGCCAUAUAUAUUUUACUAGUCCAUGCCACUGUUUGCCUGAAGUGCAACACAUCGCGCAAUCUAAUCGAUGCCGAUCGCUGUUGCUACUAGACUAAUUAGUUGAUUUUUUUUUCGUCUGUAAUUUGUCACUAAUUUUAACUAAAGGUCCCACAGUAAUUGGUGUAAACUGUUGUGGUGUCCCCGCCUCUUUUUGUGUCUCAUGUAUAUGAAUUGUUGUACUUGUAUUGUGUACGUUUUUUGUCAAGGCGAAGCUAAAUAAAUAAAUAAAUAUAUUUCUCACUAACCAGUCCACUUUCAUGUAAAGUAUUGAGUUCGAGUUAGCGUGGCUUUUCUGUGAUUUAUUCCACUUCAAGGGCAGGAGAGUACUUCAGAAUUUCAACACCUGACACCAUUUUUCUUGAAUCUUUUCUAGUGCGCACUUUACCCGCAGUGACUCAAGCUCCCACACCAAGAGCGGUGCUACCCACCACCCGGCCAGUAACCAGCGACCUGUGUGCAAUUGGUAGAUGCGCCCACAAUGCUAUAUGCGAGGUGUACCAAGGACAGCCGCGUUGUGUGUGCCCCGGUCCCUGCACGGGCGCCAAGAGUGCCGUAUGUGGUUCCGACGGUCGUACGUACGACAGCGAGUGUGACCUUAAAAGGUCGAUUUGUAUGUCACAGAAAACGAUCACUAUUGCUAAGCCUGGAUUUUGUGGUAUGUUAUUGUUUCCCAAAUACAAUUUUUGUAUAUGAUGGCUUUUCCAAGCAUCUUUAGCGAGAACAGUUUAGAAUUCUCUAGUAAGACCGGAUUUUGGUAGAAAUAGUGGCGGAAGUUUUAAAAAUUUGAAGGGAGGUGCAGCGAUCUGGCUUACGACCCCCAUGGAAAGUUAGAGGUUAGAACGGGCCAAAGUCAACGUGACGUCCGCCUUCAAUUCGCGGCUAGCCCUGGGUACGAGGUUGACGUGACGUGACGUAUGCAUGUAGUGUACAUAUGUAUCAGCGUAUUAAUGAAUUAUGGCUGUACAACUCAUCCAAAAAAUUGAAUAUAAUCAUAACUGGAAAAGUGGAAAAGUAUAUUCAUUAGUUUUGAGAGCUUGUUACGAAACAUACAAAAGAUUCUCCUCUUAAUGCCGUCUCAACACUACCAUGUAUUCUAUUUAAGUUAAAACAUAGUUUAUUUUGCUAAUCUAGAGCUUGAAAUGGCCCCUAAUCCCAACUCUCAUCAGGGGCGCCGGAAAGUCGAUAAUUGGGUGAGGGGGGCAGAUAUUCAUAUAUUCAUAUUCACAGACUGUAAAAACAAUCGCUUUCAAAGGAAAUAAAUGAUGCAGAACAUGAAUAUAUGAAUAUCUGCCCCCCCCCCCUAAUUAUCGACUUUCCGGCGCCCCUGACUCUCAUCCGCGGCGCUUUAGUUUGUUAGUGAACAAACCCACAGCAUUUUCUUUUGUUCCUCUCUCCAGAGCCAGUUGGUCGCUGUCCCACACCUCAACUGUGCAACCAGCAAUGUGAUCUUAAUAUAUGCAAAAGGAGUGGCAAACUAUGCUGCUGUCGGGGAUGUGCGAUUGGCUGUACUACUCCUGUUUGGAGCUUGGAUGUCCG